UAUCAAUUUCGCCCAAUUUUAGUCAUCCAGAGCCUGACUCAUCGAAUUUAGGAGAUUCUAGACGUUGCAUUCAGGAGAUUUUUAUCCGUUGUCGCCGACUCUCUUUACUGAUCUACAUUGUACUUCAUUGCUGAACUCAACGAGUCAACUCAAUCGUUUCUAGAUUUGGAAGAAUCUGCUUCAGCGACGAUGAAAAUCCAUUACAUUCGUUGCUUGGAAGACAACUACUCUUACCUGAUCAUUGAUGAGAGCACUAAAGAAGCUGCGGUUGUUGACCCUGUAGAGCCAGAGAAGAUUGUGAAUGUUGCUAAUGAACAUGGCGUUCAUCUCAAGCUCGUUCUUACCACUCAUCAUCACUGGGAUCAUUCAGGGGGCAAUGAGAAAAUAAAGCAGCUGGUUCCUGGAAUUAAAGUAUAUGGUGGUUCCAUUGAUAAGGUUAAGGGUUGUACUGAUGCAGUGGAAAAUGGUGAUAAGAUAGCUCUUGGUGCUGAUGUUGUUAUAUUGUCUCUUCAUACACCUUGCCACACCAAAGGGCAUAUAAGUUAUUAUGUCUCUGGCAAAGAGGGUGAGGACCCAGCUGUAUUCACCGGUGAUACACUGUUUGUUGCUGGAUGCGGUAAGUUUUUUGAGGGAACAGCAGAGCAGAUGUAUCAAUCUCUAUGCGUCACAUUGGGUUCAUUGCCAAAGCAAACACGUGUGUACUGCGGCCAUGAGUACACAGUGAAGAACUUGCAGUUUGCUCUGACAGUUGAACCAGACAACGAGAAGAUAAAAGGUAAGUUGUUGUGGGCUCAGGGCCAGCGACAAGCUGGACAAGCCACCGUUCCUUCUACCAUUGAAGAAGAAAUGGAGACAAAUCCUUUCAUGCGAGUUGAUCUUCCACAAAUUCAGGAGAAGGUAGGUAAUCAUUCUCCAGUUGAAGCUAUUAGAGAAAUCAGGCGGCUUAAGGACAACUGGAAGGGUUAAGUUGACUGAUACCAAACGCAUGUCAUAGUUUGGGGUUGCAAUCUCUUGUACGCAGGUAUAGCACUUCGUAAUAUCAAUAAUAAAGCUUAAAAACAUUGCGGAUGAUUGUGGUCUUAAUUUGGGGACACAAUCCCUAGAAAUUAAAGCUUGCGUGGGUUGCCUAUACACUGAAUACAAGGUGCAUGUGCAACCCUAUCUCUCUCAAAUGUAGUAGUCAAACUUUAUUUCUUUUAAAUGUAGUAGCUAACAUUAUGUUUCA